AUGACAACAAUUUACAUGGGGUUAGGGUCUCAUAUAGGCAUAAUGGAGGAAACAUGCCAGAGUUUAGUCAACUUGUCGAAAUUCGGGCUUUUAGCAGGGCUUUUGGAAAGACCAUAUUACGGCCAUGAGAUUAAGUGGAAGGACAAGAGAAACCAGUCCAUCCUCUAUGUGAGGGAAACAAAUCGGAGGAGUGACUAUUUUCUUGAAGGAUGCAGUAUUUCCAACACUGGUUUCCACUUUCUUUCUUGCUAUAUGCCUGAGACCAAGUCAAAUGCUCUUGAAGUCCCGGUACCGCGACAUAAACCUUCAAGCCGAUGGCUUGACACUACUGUUGAUACGGCUGGGAGUGUGGCUACAGUAUCAUACCUGAUGUCUCGGGCAAUUUGCCGAGUCAGGGCUGUUCUAAAUGCACAAGUAUGGGAUGGCGACCAAUAUGUGCUCUGGGAAAAGUCAUACCGGAGAUUCUUUACACAUUUCGAAUGUCGGUUGAACGAAGAUCAUAAGCACCUGACAGAAAGGCCAAAAAUCUAUAAUCACACCCUGAAAAACUGCUAG